UGUCAAACGCGCUCCGAGCUGUCAAACUGGUGCUGUGUGUUUUGUUAUUGUAUACACGAAUCGAAGAUGAACCGGCUGUUAUGUACAACUCUGGUGAAAUAUUCCGAACGGAAUGGAAUUAAAGCGAACGGGCCCUUGCUGUGGCGUGCCUUCUCGGUGUCCGGAUGCAACCGUCAAGCAGAAUCGGAAACCAGCCGGGAGAGCCAGCACUACGACAUCAUCAUCGCCGGUGGUGGAAUGGUCGGUACAGCACUAGCUUGCGCUCUAGGUAAAAACACCCGGCUGCAGAAUAAAAACAUCCUGCUGUUAGAGGCAGCGGCCGGCUUUAAGCAACCGUCCACCGAACAGUACAGCAACCGGGUGUCAGCCAUCAGCAAGGGCACGCACCGGCUGAUGCAGACGAUCGGUGCCUGGGAUGAGAUUGAACGGACACGCGUCAAACCGGUCCUGAAGAUGCAGGUAUGGGACGCCUGCUCGGACGCCCUCAUAACCUUCAACUAUGACGAUUUCUCCGAAAACAUCUCCUGGAUCGUGGAGAACGAUGUGCUGCUGGCAAGCAUCUACCGGCAGCUCGAAACCGUCCCGAACGUACGCGUACGCUACUCGUCCAAAAUAGCUUCCUGCGAGCUGAUACGGGACGGUGCGGACAAAAGCACCGUACGCCUGGCGGACGGUGAAACACUCAAGUGUGAUCUACUGGUUGGUGCGGACGGCUACAACUCCUUGGUGCGCCGGCAGAUGGGUGUCCAAAACUUCGCACUCGCCUACAAUCAGAUGGGUGUAGUGGCCACGCUACGGCUAGCCAAUGGUCCGACCGACAACGUUACCGCCUGGCAGCGUUUCCUGCCGACCGGUCCGAUCGCACUGCUGCCCCUGAGCGAUGACACCAGCUCCCUCGUGUGGUCGACCGGUGUGGCUGAAGCGAAACGCUUGCUGCAGCUCGACGGUGACUCGUUCGUCGCUGCCGUUAAUGCCGCCUUCCACAAACCGAUGCCCCGGAACUCGCUGGUGGACGAUGUGAUGAAGGGUGUCAAUACGCUCGUCAAGCAAACGACCGGCCAGAGGCUUGAAGCGGCCCCGGUCGUUGAGACGGAGGUGGACAAAUCCCGUGCUGCGUUCCCGCUCGGGCUCGGCCAUACUGGCACCUACGUCGGGCAGGGUGUCUGCUUGAUCGGAGACUCAGCACACCGCGUACAUCCGCUUGCCGGGCAGGGCGUUAACCUAGGGUUUGGUGACGUACAGACACUGGUGGAUGUGCUGGCCGAUGCAAACUACGCCGGGCUAGGCAUUAGCAACCUUAGCGAACUGCUCAAAUACGAACAGGCACGGUUGAAGCACAACGUACCGGUACUCCUAACGACGCACAGCCUCCAGCGGCUUUACUCGACCGACUUUGUCCCCACGGUUGCUCUGCGAAGCAUUGGGCUCACGCUGACCAAUGCGUUUCCGCCGGUGAAGAAAUUCCUAAUGAAUUACGCCAUGUCCUAGAGACAAAUCCUGCGGCAGAGAGUCCAGCCAAAGAGAGCAAAGGGAGAAGUCAUUGGUGUGAACAUUGUAUUCCCAAACCGAUGCGUUUGGGGGAAAACAAAUCGAAAUUAAUAGUGUAUAGUUAAUAAUGAACUGAAUAUGAAUGAGCGAUGGUGAUAUGGUCGAGGA